UCUGCUUCUUCCUUUUCCUUAGAUACCAAGUUACCAACGCUAAACCAAUCCAGAGCCCCCCUCCCCUCAGCUCGCUUGCUAAUCUCUCUCCUCGCCCCCUCCUUCUCUCCCUCCCUCUCUCUCUCUUUCCCUCUCCAGCUCAGCUUGCUCAGCCAUGAAGCUCCCGAAGCAGCUCUUUCUUCCCUCCUGCUCCCUCCUCCUCCUCCUCCUCUUCCUCUUCCUCCAGCACACUGUAGCUGAACAGCACGUGUUUGAUGUGACUGUUUUGCCGGAAAACCCUGUGGUGGUGCGUGGAGGAUCUCUCUGGCUGAAUUGCAGCACCAGCUGCCGGCAGGCAGAUGCCAAGGGAGACUUGGAGACAUCACUGAUCAAGGAGAGGAGAGACAAUGGGACUGGCUGGGCAGCUUUCCAGCUUAUGAAUAUCACAGAGUGGGUGUCUGCCGCGGAGUGCUCCUUCAGCUGUUACGGAGAACAUAAAUCUGUGCCUGCAAACAUCGUGGUGUAUCAGAUUCCACAGCAGGUUGUUUGGGAACCAGUGCCAAUGAUGAAGGUUGGCAGAGUCUAUAACCUUACAUGCCGAGUUGCUGAUGUUGCCCCCCUUCGCAACCUCACUGUGACCCUGCUCAAAGGGAAGGAGAAACUACAUGUGGAGACCUUUGAGGAUCACAAUGCUCCCGAAGCCAGGGAGGUUGUGGUGACCCACUCCAUAACUGCUCAGGAGAAGGACCACCAUGUAGAAGUCGGCUGCCACACAGCUCUGGAUCUGAGGCCUGAAGGUCCACUCUUUGAGAAGGCUUCCCUCAGCAAGGUCUUAGAAGUCUAUGAUUUCCGAGCGGAACCUCAGAUUCAUACCCUGCACUUCCUGGAAGUCAACAGCACCAUAAUAGUACAAUGUGAUGUUGUUGGGGUUUUCCCAGCUGAAGAGGCCCUUUUUGAAAUGACCUUUGCAGAGGAGAGGCUGAAAUUCAGCACUAGUGUGCUGGGUGAUACAGUGAAAGCUCAAGUUCCAAUCUCAUCCUUAUCAACAGGAAACCAUAAAUUUUGCUGCACAGUGUCUCUGGGAUCAGAGACCAAAUCUGUGGUAGAAACAGUACAUGUUUACAGUUUUCUUGAGCCUUCUCUAGAGGUUUAUCCAUCUCAGACCCUUGUAAACAACCCAGUGACCUUUGUCUGCAAUACUUCAGCCACUCAGCCCCUCAGCAUUUCUCUUCAGAGCCAAAAUGCCUUUGGAAAAAACUUGGCUACCAGUAAGCAUCUCCCUCUGCAGUUCACCCUGAUUGCUCAGAAAGAAGACAAUGGAAAGGAAUUUGUUUGUGAAGCCGAACUCAUAAUUGGUGGAGACAUCAUCAUUAAGCGUACAUCUACCAACCUUACUGUCUUCUAUGUGCCGGAAAUGAAUGGCUCAACUUGUCCCAGUGACUACACGUGGGUGGAAGGAACACGACAAAGUCUCCAGUGCAUGGCUGAGGGGAACCCAGAGCCAUCUGUGACUUGCAUCAAAGACAUCACUCGCAACAUGCAAAGGGAGGAGCUGGUUAACCGCAGUCAUGCUGGCAUCUACAAUUGCACAGCCAUAAAUGAGUUUGGCUCCAGCACGAAAGCAGUCACCAUCCAUGUGGAAUAUGGGGCUGAGCUGAAUGAGUCUGGAUGCCCUAAUAACCAAACAUGGCUGGAAGGAAGCCUACAGAAGCUCAGUUGCCAAGCUGAUGGCAUACCAAUCCCAGAGGUCUCAUGUGUAAAAGAUGGGAAAGUGUUUGAUGUCCAAAAAGUGCAGAAUAUCACACAAAGCUAUGCUGGCACCUACGAGUGCAAUGCUACCAAUGUACAUGGGUCAAGUAGCAAGACGGUCACCAUUAAGGUAGAAUAUGAGCCAGACAUGGACAAUUCAAGUUGUCCCUAUAACUGGACCUGGAUAGUAGAGACGGAACAAAUGUUCACUUGCUUUGCCUGGGGAGACCCAGAACCAACUGUUGAGUGCACCAAAAAUGGCACCAGUUAUACUCCUGGGAUUCUCCAGAUUGUUACCAGAGAAUAUGCUGGCACUUACCUCUGCACAGCCACAAACAAGCAUGGCUCCAGCUCCAGGACUGUGAACAUCCAAGUAGAAUAUAAGCCAGAAAUGGAUGAAUCCAGCUGUCCAAGCAACUGGACUUUGGUGGAGGCAGAACUACCUAACUUUGCCUGUACAGCUGAGGGGGUUCCACCUCCGGAGAUUGUAUGUACUAAAGAUGGUUUAUCGUAUCAUUUGACCCAAGGAAAAGGGAUCCCUGCUUACAGUGGAGUCUUCUGGUGUAAUGCUACCAACAGACACGGGACUGUGACCAAGGCUGUCAUUGUUGCAGUUGAAACCAGACCCCAAAUGGAUGACUCCAACUGCCCAAGUAACCAGACUUGGCUAGAGGGGACCCUACACUCACUGUCCUGUGAAGCCAAUGGGACUCCCACCCCAGUGGUCUUCUGUACCAAAGAGGGAGCCACUGAAGAGUUGUAUAGAGAGAGGAACAUCAGCAGGAAUGACUCUGGCAUCUACCAAUGCAAGGCCACUAAUGGCCAUGGAACUGAGAAGAAGAUGGUGAAUGUGCAAGUGGAAUACAGGCCUGUAAUCUCCACUUUGGCUGUCAACGUUUCUUUACCCAUCAGAAGGGGAGAAAACUUCACUAUUGCCUGCCAUGCAGAUGGUUACCCAGCUGUCAACUACACCUGGAAGGUACCUCCAGCCCCCAAUCUCAACUAUGUCGAAAACAACAGCACUCUGACUGUUGUUGGAGCACAUAGACAAAAUAGUGGUGUGUACAAGUGCACAGCGAGCAACAAACACGGACAGCAACACAGUCAGGUGGAAAUCCAUGUGGAAGAUCACUGGCUAUAUAUUAUUGUUGUCAUAGCAAUUGCUGGUGCCACCAUGUUGGUCCUGGGAGGAAUGGCCGGAGUAAUUUACUACCUGAAAUCUACAGCCUGUAAAAAAGGAGAGUACAAUGUGCGAGAUGCAGAGAAUUCAACUGAAGCCACUUGUCUAAAUCGUGAAAGGCCUUGUGAUGGUGACAUCUAUGGUAUACAGCUCACCAGGACCUGAAAAAAAAACUUGAGCUGGUAUCCCUAGCUGGCCCAACGAGAGACACCACUUCUGCUUCUGAAAGAUGGAUGUUUGUACCAUACAGUCCUCUGUUUAACUGUGGAAUUUUGUUAGCAUCUGAUUCAUAGGCUUAGGAUGCAGGGCAGAUUUUUAUGGCCAAAUCUUUUGAGUAUUAGCCAGACCUUUACACAACCCUUGCUCAGAUGAGUCUCAAAGUUUCUCUUUUUGUCCAGGCUCCAUGUUGCUUCUUCAGCUGGAAAUAUGGAGCGGCAUUUGUGUUUCUCAAAAAUGUUGCACUUGGGCAGCGUAGUGGUAUUUUGAUGAAGAUUCAGUGUAUACCUGUUAACGUCCAAUUAUAACCAUUUAUAACUUGACGUUUGCUUUCAAAAAUCCCAGUUGACUGGUGCCUUGCCAAAGUAUCAGCUUUGGAACGCAGACCCGUAUAUAAGGAGCAGAAUUUCAUGCUAAGACCAGACAAAGAAUGUAAUGUAAAAAAUUGAAUUGCAAGGAACUUUAAGAUAAUGUUUUGAACUGAUGUUUACUCAUAGAGUAACUCUGAAAAUUAGUCAACUGGAUCAAGAUACCAUGGAGAUAUACUUAAAUUGGAUUCAUGUAAUUUUGUUCCAUUUUGGUUUAACUGUGGUGCUAACUGAAUUACACUACAUAAAAUCAAGCUUGCCGUUCUCUAAAAUAAGGCACAGUGGACAACCAUAGAAUCAUAGAAUCAUAGAAUAGUAUAGUUGGAAGAGACCUCAUGGGCCAUCCAGUCCAACCCUCUGCCAAGAAGCAGGAAAUCGCAUUCAAAGCACCCCCGACAGAUGGACAUCCAACCUCAGCUUAAAAACCUCCAAAGAAGGAGCCUCCACCACAGUCCAGGGGAGAGAGUUCCACUGCUGAACAGCCCUUGCAGUGAGGUUCUUCCUGUUGUUCAGAUGGAAGCUCCUUUCCUGUAGUUUGAAGCCAUUGUUCUGCGUCCUAGUCUGUAGAGCUGCAGAAAACAAGCUUGCUCCCUCCUCCCUAUGACUUCCCCUCAUAUAUUUGUACAUGGCUAUCAUGUCUCCUCUCAGCCUUCUUCUGCAGGCUAAACAUGCCUAGUUCUUUAAGCCGCUCCUCAUAGGGCUUGUUCUCCAGACCCUUGAUCAUUUUAGUCACCCUCCUUUGGACGAUUUCCAGCUUGUCAACAUCUCCCUUCAAUUGCGGUACCCAGAAUUGGACACAGUAUUCCAGGUGUGGUCUGACCAAGGCAGAAUAGAGGGGGAGCAUGACUUCCCUGGAUCUAGAUUCUAUACCCCUAUAUGAAUCCUGUGUAAAUCAAACUAUAUGAAUCCUGUGUAAAUCAAACUACAGUAGAGUCUCACUUAUCCAACACUCGCUUAUCCAACGUUCUGGAUUAUCCAACACAUUUUUGUAAAUGUUUUCAAUAUAUCGUGAUAUUUUGUUGCUAAAUUUAUGAAUACAGUAAUUACUACAUAGCAUCACCGUGCAUUGAACUACAUUUUCUGUCUAAUUUGUUGUAUAACAUGAUGUUUUGGUGCUUAAUUUGUAAAAUCACAACCUGAUUUGAUGUUAAAUAGGCUUUUCCUUAAUCUCUCCUUAUUAUCCAACACAUUCGCUUAUCCAACGUUCUUCCGGCCCGUUUACGUUGGAUAAGCGAGUCUCUACUGUAUAUGCAUCCUGUGUAAAUUAGAGUUUUUCAUUCAUUUGGUUUGAUUAGUUUGCCUGCGAGGGCCAAAGUUGACGUGUUCACCAUCUUAUGUUUGUUUCCCCCAGCCUACUCCUAGUACCUAAGCAAGUUCAAGGCAGUGCUUGUGAAUCUGCCAAAAUAGUCUCUUGUUUAAGGUAAGGUUAGAUGAGGAGAGUAAAAAAAAAAAAUCACACACUUCAACUGGAUCAAAAAAUCUGUGGACUCUGGGAAUCAAGCAACUUUCCUAAAUAAAAUGAAAAGCAAUUGAAUGGAAGCAAAAGCAGGCAGAGAAUGCAUCCUCAGCACUCAGAAAGUUUUCAUCAAAGCAAAAUCUAUUAGAAAUUUCCAGAACUUCUCAGCCUAAGGCAUUAGAGAAGAAGGAUACAUUUGUUCUGAACACUCUGGGUACACAGAGAACACUUCCAGUGAUCUGUAGGGAUAUUAACAGUCCAUGCUCUACAUUGACUGCUUAGGCCCCAUCUACAUUGCCUAAUAAAAUCCAGAUCUGCUUUGAAGUAGAUUAUACAGCAGUGUAGUAAAGGUAAAAGUUUCCCCUUGACAUUAAGUCUAGUCAUGUCCAACACGGCGGGGGGGGGGGGGGGGGGGGGGAAGGGUGCUCAUCUCCAUUUCUAAGCCUAAGAGCCAGCAUUGUCCAUAGACACCCCUUGGUCAUGUGGCUGGCAUGACUGCAUGGAGAGCCAUUACAUGGAGAGGAGGGAGCAAGCUUGUUUUCUGCUGCCCUGCAGACUAGGACACGGAACAAUGGCUUCAAACUACAGGAAAGGAGAUUCCACCUGAACAUCAGGAAGAACUUCCUCACUGUGAGAGCUGUUCGAUAGUGGAACUCUCUCCCCGGGGCCGUGGUGGAGGCUCCUUCUUUGGAGGCUUUUAAGCAGAGGCUGGAUGGCCAUCUGUCGGGGGUGCUUUGAAUGCGAUUUCCUGCUUCUUAGCAGGGGGUUGGACUGGAUGGCCCAUGUGGUCUCUUCCAACUCUACUAUUCUAUGAUUCUAUGAUUCUACCUUCCCGCUAGGGAAGGUAACGGCUCUCACACUUGCAUGUUUUCGAACCUCUAGCUUGGCAGAAGCUGGGGCUAACAGAAGGUGCUCAUUUCAAUAAGCAAGUUCACCAGCUCAGUGGUUUAACCCGAUGUGCCACAACAUAUGGCAGUUUAGACUCAUAUAAUCCAGUUAAAAUCAGAUAAUCUGGGUUAUAUGACAGUGUAUUUCCAGCCUUAGUUAUGUCUAUGUUGUUAAGCAAUAUCUGGUUCCAAACCCCCCCCACCUUAACAGUCAGCAAACACCGCAUACAGAGAAAAUGCUGUUUCAAGCCCCCUUUGCUUCAGUUAGCAGGUCCCAGUUGUGACAGGGGUCCCAAUUUUGAUUGCCUUGGGAGUGAACAGGUAAUGCCAUCCUCCUUGUAUACUGAUUGGCAGAACAACAGACUUCCCUUGCCUGAUAAGCUGCUGGCUGUAAUCGUACAUAAUAAUAAUAAUAAUAAUAAUAAUAAUAAUAAUAAUAAUAAUAAUAAUAAUAAUAAUAAUAGUUAUGUAUGCAUAGCUCUAAGUUGCAAAUCCAUAAUUUAUUUAUUUAUUUAUAGUAUUUAUAUUCUGCCCUCACCCUGAAGGGGACUCAGGGCGGAUCACAAUGUACAUAUACAUGGCAAUGCCAUAGACAUACCACACGCAGAGUCAGAGACACAGAGGCUAUUUAACAUUCCAGCUUCUGGCUUCCUGAGGGUAUGCUUGAUUCCGGCCACAGGGGGAGCUGCUGCUUCAUCAUCCACUGUGACACUGUCAUUGAUGGAGUACUUCCUCAUCUUCCUGCACUGCUGAAGAUUUUUCUUUAUGGAGUCAUAAAUUAAUUAAAUUAGCCCCCUGCAUAAGCGGUACCUAAAUUCUUGACAGAUGCAACUGUCUUUUGGCUGCAUAGGUAAACAGCAAGAUGAUUUAUGGUCAGGAGCUUACCCUGACCCGUGCUGGCUUCGAACUCAUGACCUCUCAGUCAAUAGUGAUUUAUUGCAGCUGGCUAUUAACCAGCUGCACCACAACUCGUCCAUAACUGCAAUACUGAAUGCCAGCCAAUGUGUUUUUUAUAUAUUGAAAAUGGCACAGAGGGAAAAUGGUAAACUGGAAUGAUUGUUCCCACCACUCAGGAGCAAAAAGAUUAGGGUUUUAUAAAAAGUGUUUUUGACCCCCAAAGAAAAUCACAAAAAAUCCAAACAUGAACAAGCCCUUUUACAAUCUUGCCUAGUGAAGGAGAGAGAGUUUGUAAUUUUUCAUUCCAAUUUGCAACAUGUAUCACUUUUGUAAUCUUUCUUAGUUGCAUUUAAAUAGACCAGUGGUUCUCAACCUUCCUAAUGCCGCAACCCCUUAAUACAGUUCCUUAUGUUGUAGUGACCCCAACCAUAACAUUAUUUUUGUUGUGAUUUCAUAACUGUAAUUUUGCUACUGUUAUUAAUCAUAAUGUAAAUAUCUGAUAUGCGGGGUAUAUUUUCAUUCACCGGAUUGAAUUUGGCAUAAAUACCCGAUACACCCAGAUUUUGAAUACUGGUGGGGUUGGGAGGGGAUUGAUUUUGUCAUUUGGGAGUUGUAGUUGCUGGGAUUUAUAGUUAAUCUACAAUCAAAGAGCAUUCUGAACUCCAAUGAUGGAACCAAACUGAACCAAACUUGGCACAUAGAACCUCAUGAUCAACAGAAAUACUUGAAGGGUUUGGUGGGCAUUGACCUUGAAUUUUGGAGUUGUAGUUCACCUACAUCCAGAGAGCACUGUGGACUCCAAACAAUGAUGGAUCUGGACCAAACUUGGCACAAAUAUUCAAUAUGCCCAAAUGUGAACGCUGGUGGAGUUUAGAGAAAAUAGAUCUUGACAUUUGGGAGUUGUAGUUGCUGGGAUUUAUAGUUCACCUACAAUCAAAGAGCAUUCUGAACCCCAUCAAUGAUACAAUUGGGCCAAACUUCCAACACAGAACCGCAUGACGGGGAGAGAUCUUCAGCCUUCUCUGCCAAAGGGGUUCCUAAGACCAUCAGAAAUAUGUGUUUUCUGAUGGUCUUUGGCAACUCCCCUGACACCCCCCUCACAACCCCCCAGGGAUCCCGACAACCAGAUUAAGAAACAUUGCACCAGACAAAGUCAUAAAAGGCCAAGUUUUCCAAUACACCUUAGCCAUAAUAAUCAAAAUUAGCCACAAAUUAGAUGUUUACUUUUAAAUAUAAAAUACAAUUGGGGGAAUUGGCUGGCUUCUUUUGGGAGAAAAGGGAGAUGCAGUAUAAUAGAAUGAAAUACAGUAGAGUCUCACUUAUCCAAGCUUCUGGAUUAUCCAAGCCAUUUUUGUAGUCAAUGUUUUCAAUAUAUCGUAAUAUUUUGGUGCUAAAUUCGUAAAUACAGUAAUUACAACAUAACAUUACUGUGUAUUGAACUACUUUUUCUGUCAAAUUUGUUGUCUAACAUGAUGUUUUGGUGCUUAAUUUGUAAAAUCAUAACCUAAUUUGAUGUUUAAUUCCUUAAUCCCUCAUUAUUCAAGAUAUUCGCUUAUCCAAGCUUCUGCCGGCCCGUUUAGCUUGGAUAAGUGAGACUCUACUGUACAUGACAUCAAUUUUCUGCCCCAAUUUUUCCAGUCCUCACUGCCCCAAGAAACGCUCUGUAUUUGGUAACCUAUAUUUCACAAGUAAAAAUGCACUCUUCCCCCCCCCCCCCAAAAAAAAAAUCGAAUAAAAUGUUCACCUUUGGGAAGUAUGCUCAGAAAAAAACGCUAACAGCUAUCUAACAGGAAUACAAACACAGACACUUUUGUCAAUGGCUGGAUAUUGUCAGACUGUGUACAAUGUGAAAAAUGUUGACAAAAUUAUGCAUAUCUUUUUAAAAAAAUAUACAUUAAAAGGAUGGAUUUGUGUGUAUUAAACAUCUGCACAGAAAUAGCAUGGAUUUAGAGGCAAGAAAAGAAAGAAGAAAGAAACUUAACAGAUUCACACAUAACUGGACUAGAAAUCCUGGUCUUUUCCAGCAAGGCAGUUUCUGAUGUUCAUAUCAAUUUAGCCAAAGGAUUGUGGUGAGUUUUUCGGGCUGUUUCGCCCACAGAAGAGAAUGCUUCUGGAACACUUCCAUACAGCCCGAAAAACUCACCGCAACCCUAGUGAUUUUGGCCAUGAAAGGCUUCGUACAUUGUAUUAUUAUUAUUAUUAUUAAACUUUAUUUGUACCCCG